UCCAGGUUUUCAUUAUCGAUCGUUACUGUCCUCUGUCCUAUGGCUCCGGGAUUACCUCUUAGUCGGGAAACACUUCUCAGUGUAAUAGACCAGCGGGAAGAUGGUAUCAACAACUCCAUCGCUCUUGCCCAAAGUUCUGGAUGGGAUCAUGCCAAGCUCGUUGGUGUCAUCAAGAGUCUAGAGUCCAUACACUACGUUACUACUACGCCUUUUGAGGAGGAGGAGUGGACGACGACUGAGGAAGGAGAGCAGUAUGCUACUCUAGGCAGUCCUGAGGCGCAGGUCGCGGCCUAUGUUAAGGAGCAUGGCCCUUGUGUGCAGAAGGACAUCAUCGUCUCCCUUGGAAGUGUCGCCAAGAUUGGUUUCGGAGCCGCCAUGAAGAAGAGCUGGCUCUCGAUGAAUAAAGCGACCAAGGAGGUGUCACUGUCUGAUAAAGCCAAGGACUCUAUAGAGGAUACUGUAGCUGUACUGCUGACUAAGGUCGGCAAGGGUGAGGUUGCCUCUAUAGCGAAGGCCGAUAUGGACAUGCUGAAGAAGAGGAAAUUGAUACAUCUCACAAAGACCACUGGGUUCAAGGUGGAGAAGACUAGCAACUUCAGAACGGAGAUCGUCAAACAGGAGACUGAGCUCACACAGGAGAUGAUACAGAACAAGUCAUGGAAAGAUGUCCAGUUCAAACCUUACAACCUCAAGACGGCCCUUGGCCGAGACCUUGGCGGUGGUCAUCUCCACCCUCUCCUCAAGGUCAAGACUGAGAUCAGGAAUAUUCUACUCCUCAUGGGUUUCGAGGAGAUGCCCACCAACCGCUACUUAGAGUCCUCAUUCUGGAACUUUGACGCUCUCUUCCAGCCUCAGCAGCACCCCGCUCGUGAUGCCCAUGACACGUUCUUCAUUACCUCACCUGCAUCUACCAACAGGAUCCCUGAGGACUACAUGAACGCCGUGAAGAAUAUGCACGAGGUUGGCGGCUAUGGCUCUAUCGGGUGGCGAUACGACUGGUCCGAGAAGGAGUCCAGGAAGAACAUCCUGAGAACUCAUACCACCGCUGUGAGCACUCGUGUACUCUACGAGAUGGGACAGGACUACAUCCGCACUGGCGUUUUCAAGCCUAAGAAGUGUUUCUCUAUCGAUCGUGUGUUCCGUAAUGAAACUUUGGAUGCGACCCAUCUCGCUGAGUUCCACCAAGUGGAAGGCUUCGUUGCUGACCGUAACCUAACCCUUGGCAAUUUGAUAGGGGUCAUCCGGGAGUUCUUCCGACGUAUGGGCCUCACGGACCUCCGCUUCAAGCCUGCAUACAACCCCUACACCGAGCCUAGUAUGGAGAUCUUUGCCUUCCAUCCUAUGCUCGACAAGUGGGUCGAAAUAGGCAAUUCUGGUAUCUUCCGACCAGAGAUGGUCCGUCCUAUGGGCAUCCCCGAGGAUGUAUCGGUGAUCGCAUGGGGCCUUUCUGUGGAGCGACCUACUAUGAUCCAAUAUGGUAUUGGUAAUAUUAGGGAGCUCUUCGGUCAUAAGAUGGACGUUACGAGUUUGAAGAAGAACCCUGUGUGUUGGUUGCAUCCUGAGGAGGAGGAGGUAUCGACAGUAGAGGAGAAGUGGGAGCAAUGAUCGUUGUCCUG